CUUGUCAAUUUUGGCAACUUCCGUGGCCACUGCAGCAACUACUUUGUGGCAACUUUUAGCUUUCGUUAACGACUGUGGGGGCAUGGAUAGACUAAAUGUGCCCCCUCCGGGCCCCAUGGAUCUGCCCAUGUCCCUGCUGGAGAUGGGAUGCUCUGGCAGGUUUGAGCUUAUCACACACCCCGUGCCCGGCCAGCCUUUACCUCCACAUAGCACGCUCCCUCACGGGCUUCCUCCCACAAACCUGAACCUGGAGACAGAAGUAGAGAAACAGUUUUUAAGAGACCCUGCAUGGCUUCCUAUACACGACAAAGACUUUGCCUUCCAGAAGUUUCUCAAGGUGACCCAGAGGAAGGUUGACGUUGACUCUCUGCUCAACUGUUGUCCAUCUCCGCUUCACUCGGGACUGUCUGUUGUCAGAGAUCCAACCACAGGAAUGCUGCUGGACUUCACUGAGGUGUUACUGGAGAACACCGGUCUGUCUGCAAAGAACUCGCUGUCAUUGCAGCGCCAGCCUGGGCCUCCUUCUGAAAGCCUUCGAGGAAGCAACACCAACUACCCAUUCCUCCCCGGAGGAAUGGAGGAACUGACGCUUGAACAAAUCAAGAAGAAAUCUGAGCUGGAGGAGGAAAUCGACUUUGAGAGUGAUUUACUGAAGGUGGCCCCUGGACUGAAAGCUGGGAUGGACUUUACUGACAAAGAUGCCAAAAUAGCGAAGCCAGAGGUCAACCUCAUGUCGCUCCUGUCUACCGUGGAAGGCAUUAGUGGUUUGCAGCUUGAGGCGGAGGAGAAGGAGAAAGACAAAGAAAGUGAAGAUGCCCCCAAACUACCAAGAACAAACAGUCUUGAAGACCUGGGCAUCAAGGAUGCUGCGUCAUCCUCGUCUCCUCCAGAGAAAGGAAAAGAAGAGAAAUCAAAGCUAAAAGAGAACACAGAGGAAAACAAGAAAUGGGCCAUUCCUGUGAAUAUAACAUCACCCUGCGAUGACUUUUACAAACGGAUCCCAAACCCAGCUUUCAAGUGGCCUUUUGAGCUCGAUGUUUUCCAGAAGCAGGCCGUGCUGAGGCUGGAAGCUCACGACUCCGUGUUUGUGGCCGCGCACACGUCUGCUGGAAAAACAGUGGUGGCCGAGUACGCCAUCGCUCUCUCACAGAAACACAUGACGAGGACCAUCUACACAUCUCCUAUCAAGGCUCUGUCCAAUCAGAAGUUCAGAGACUUUAAAAACACAUUUGGGGACGUUGGACUUCUUACGGGUGACGUCCAGCUCAGUCCUGAGUCGUCCUGCCUCAUCAUGACCACUGAGAUCCUCAGGUCUAUGCUUUACAACGGUUCAGAGGUCAUCAGGGACUUGGAGUGGGUGAUCUUCGAUGAGGUUCACUACAUCAACGACGCUGAGAGAGGGGUUGUGUGGGAGGAGGUUCUGAUUAUGCUUCCCGAUCACGUCAGUAUCAUUCUCCUCAGCGCCACAGUGCCAAACGCUCUGGAGUUCAGUGAGUGGAUCGGUCGUAUUAAGAAGAGGCACAUUUACGUGAUCAGCACACUAAAGAGACCCGUGCCCUUGGAGCAUUAUCUGUACACUGGGAACAGCACCAAGACUCAGAAAGAGAUGUUCCUGCUGGUGGAUGCUACAGGAAACUUCCUCACUAAAGGAUACUACACAGCCGUCGAUGCUAAGAAGGAGCGCACCAGCAAACAUGCUCAGUCAUUUGGCACAAAAAACACCUCUCAAAACACCACCGCUAGUCAGGACCGAUCAGUGUGGCUCACCCUCCUGCACUUCCUGUCCCAGCGGCAGCAGACCCCGGUGGUUGCGUUCACCUUCUCUCGAACGCGCUGUGACGAGAACGCCCGCUCGCUAGACUCCAUGGACCUAACCACCUCCAUAGAGAAGGCGGAAAUUCACUCUUUCUUCCAGAAAAGUCUCACUCGCCUCCGAGGAGGAGACCGGCAGCUGCCUCAGAUCUUGGUCAUGAGAGACCUGUUGAAGAGAGGAAUCGCAGUCCAUCACAGCGGGAUCCUGCCAAUCCUGAAGGAGGUCAUUGAGAUGCUUUUUUCCAGAGGUCUCGUAAAGGUGCUGUUUGCCACCGAGACCUUUGCGAUGGGAGUGAACAUGCCCGCCAGGACCGUGGUGUUUGACAGCAUCAGGAAACAUGAUGGAACCGGCUUCAGAAAUCUGCUGCCAGGUGAAUAUAUUCAGAUGGCGGGCAGAGCGGGCCGGAGAGGUUUGGACGCCACGGGCACUGUGAUCAUUCUGUGUAAAGCCGGCGUUCACGAGAUGGCGGAUCUGCACGCCAUGAUGCUGGGUAAGCCCACCCUUCUCCAGUCCCAGUUCAGACUGACUUACACCAUGAUCCUCAACCUGCUGCGAGUCGAAGCCCUCCGUGUGACCGACAUGAUGAGGAGGAGCUUCUCUGAAAGCCACAGAGAUACUCAGACCCAUGAGAAGAGGAUCAGCCAGCUGAAGCAGAUGUUGUCCGCUAUGCCCUCCGUGGACACAGAGGGCCAGCUCUCUGACCUGUUGCCUUACUACCACACGGUCACCGAGCUGAAGAAAACCACAGAAGCAGUCCAGCACGCUAUUCUGGAGUCUGUGAAUGGACUCAAGGCUCUCUCAGUGGGUCGAGUCAUUGUGGUUAACAACAAACAGCAUCUCAACGCCUUAGGAGUUAUCCUACAGGUGUCCAGUGACUCUGUGAACCGCACCUUCACAGCCCUCAUCAUCUGCGAGAAGGGCAAUGAGGAAGGAAAAGGCAACGACAACGCCGCUCUGCCUCACCUCCACAACACGUCUCUCUUCAUACCUGAAGGCCCCUGCAGCCACACGGUGCAGAAGUUGAAGCUUCAGGACAUCUCAGCCAUCACGGUGAAAACCCUCAAAGUGAUUCCAGAAAGGAUCAUCGAUAAUUACAACAAGAGGCAACAGCCACGAUUCAAGCUUGACCCUCCUGGUCAAGCCAUCUCCACGGCGACACAGGAGCUGCUUCGAUUGGCAGAGGCUAACCCCAGCGGCAUAGCAACCCUUGACCCCGUCAAUGACCUCCAGCUGAAGAGCGUUGAUGUGGUGGAGGCCAACAUGAGGCUCCGUGUGCUGCAAGACAGCCUCAGAGAUUUCAACUGCAUCCACUCACCCAUGUUCGCAGAGCAGUUUGCUCGGAUUAAGGAGAGGAUGAGCCUGCAGGAAGAGCUGGACCAGCUCCUCUUCCUUGUGUCGGACCAGUCUCUGACUCUGCUGCCAGAAUACCACCAGAGGAUCAAGGUCCUUCAGUCCCUCCAGUACAUCGACAGCGGCGGGGCAGUGCAGCUGAAAGGCCGCGUAGCCUGUCAGAUCAGCAGCCACGAGCUGCUGCUGACAGAGCUUCUGUUCGAGAACGUCCUGAGCCCGCUGGCGCCCGAGGAGAGCGCCGCCCUGCUGUCCUGUCUGGUCUUCACUCAGAACACCCAGGUGGAGCCGCACAUCACCAACACGCUGCAGGAGGGCAUCGAGCAGGUGAAGUCGGUGGCUCAGCGCAUCGGAGAGCUGCAGCGGGAGUGUGGGAUACCGCAGACGGCCGAGGAGUUUGUAGGCCAGUUCAAGUUUGGCCUCACAGAGGUGGUUUACUGCUGGGCCAGGGGAAUGCCCUUCGCCGAGAUCGCCCAGCUCACGGACGUCCAGGAGGGCACGGUGGUCCGCUGCAUCCAGCGCCUGGAUGAGGUGCUGAAGGAGGUGAGGCAGGCCGCCCGCAUCGUGGGAGACUCCGUCCUGGGGAGCAAGAUGGAGAAGGCCUCCUUGGCCAUCCGCAGGGACAUUGUCUUCACUGCCUCCCUGUACACCCACUGAAAGGUGGCAGGAGGAGUGCCUGAAGCCAAGUGCUUUCUUUGAGCUGGAGGGGUGAGGGCAAUGGAGAUGUACAGGGAGGAGAUAACUGAGGCAAGAGUGUCUUCACAUGUUUGGAGCUGAAUGUGCCUACAAAACAUGUUGAUGUUUACAUAUAAAUUCUUAGCACGAUGGAGGGACUUGUUUUAAUCAAACAGACCAAAGUGCAGACUGUGAGGUGGGGGUUGGGGGGCUGCAUUGUAAUUUAUUGUACAGUAAUAA